AUGGGUAGAAGAAAGUCGAACAGAAAACCACCACCACGGAAGAAGAACAUUGUGCCUUUGGACAUUUUCUUCGAUUGCCCUUUUUGCAACCACGAAAAGUCCUGCGAAGUUAAGAUGGACAAAGGACGAAAUGCUGCGAAGAUAUCUUGCAGGAUAUGCAUGGAGGACUAUCAAGCCAGCAUCAAUAUGCUAUCUGAGCCUUUGGAUGUAUACAACGACUGGAUAGAUGCUUGUGAAAAUGCAAACUGA